AUGGGGGAAGCUGUACCUUGUGACGGCGAAGAGAGGCAAGGUUUAGGCUCCGCUGGUUUACCGGAAAAUAGGCUUUCUUUGAAGCCAAUCAACAUUCCGAUGGGAGGUGGCGACGAAGUUGAUGAUGGGAAAAGUAAUAGAGUAAAAGUGGAGGCAAGACUGGAAUGCAACAUCAGCAGCAAAGGGUUGGGUUGUUCAGAAGGUUUCAAGGGUCGGAUGAGAGCUCGCCUUGAUGAUCAGGGCAACAGAGUCAGUCGUUCCAACAAGAAUAAGACUUGGAACCUCAAGAACGGAUCAGAGGGUAGCGUUGCUGAGAAUAUUGGUGGAACUGAUCAAGCCAAGUGCCCUGUUUGUUCCAAGAGUUUCCAUUCGAAGAAGGCCAUGUACGGGCACAUGAGGUGCCAUCCUGAGAGAGAAUGGAGGGGGAUCAAUCCUCCGCCCUCCGCCAAGACUGUUUCUUGCUCCUCUGUGUCACAGGGAAUUGAUGGUUUGAGCCAUGCGUCCAUGACAUCGACCGUGAUUUCAUCUGAUAUUAGUCCUUCUCAGCCUCCUUUGCAGUGGACGAAAACUGGAAGGAGGGGCCAGAAUCGCAUCAUCAACUUAUAUUCUUCUUCGGGUUCGUCCUGUAAUAUCAGCUCAUCGCAGAACAAAGGAAUUGAGGAAAAGCAUCAAGUUUCUGAACGUGCAGGCCUGCAGAAGAGGCAACAACUUAAGAUGUUACAAGUUGGGAACCUAAGGGAUUAUCCAUCCAAGAAGCUGAAAAUCCAUGAAAGAGGGGCUUUGGGGUUCAGAGGCCAAGAAGAUGCUGGAAACAAAAGUGGUGCUUCUUGGAAGGACUUUCUAAAAAUAGGGUUCAAUUUGGGACCAAAAGAAGUUGAUACGGACAAGAAGAGUAGUGAUGAUAGAAUUAUACCUGGGGGACAACUUGAUGAUCAGAUUGCAAAGAAUACAAAGAAGAUGACUCCAAAGUUCGUAAGCUAUAUGGAUGUUUCUGAUAAUAACCGGUUUCUGAAGACAUUAUUACCGAGGAAAUAUAAAUGCGGCACUUGCAAUAAAACCUUUCCGACUUACCAAGCCUUGACCAUGGGGAAUAAGUAUGCAUCAUCUUCACAUACCGCAGCUUCUGAGGAAGAAGGCCAAGCCCUUGGCACUUCCAAGCAUGCCAAGCAGGUGGUGCAAAAAUCCCACAAGUGCCGGAUCUGCAACAAGAGCUUCCCCACGGGUCAGUCUCUUGGGGGCCACCAGACAACUCACCGGCAGAAGCCAGCCCAAUUAGCUGCACCCAAACAAGAAGCCAGCCAGAAUGCAGGUCCAAGAGUUUUGGAUUUUGAUCUCAACGAGCUUCCCCCAAUGGAAAAAGAAUGAAGGCGGUGCAGUGUUGUGCAUUUUUCUCCCUACAA